AAAUGGCUUCCAGCAAUAGAAAAUGCAGCAAUCAUCAGCAGCACCGCUCUUUCAUUGCCACUGUCUCACCAACAUUUUGUUUCACCAUGCUGAGCCGUCUGACUGCAUAUCGAAUAUUGACAAUCAGCCUGUUAAUUAGUAUGCUCUGCCCAUCGCACGUUUAUUGCGUGGAUCCAAAAUUUGAUCCAUCGACGCGUAUGCGACUUGUUUUAGUGCCGGCCGAUGCGCAGGUCGGUUCGGUCAUUUAUCGUUUGCGUGCCACCGAUGAAGAGUUUGACUAUCCGCUAACAUUUGAAUUUGUGGGCGAUGCUUCAUCAUCUACCGUUAAAAUAGAAUCACUUCCAUGCACAAAGUACAAUUCCGUUUGCCAAGCAAAUGUUAUAUUACAACGACGUCUCGAGCCCGGACGCUAUUAUGACUUCCAAGUUUCGGUUAAGGACACUAAAGGUGGCAUGGCCACGCAAAUGUGUUCGAUAACAGCGACCAAUUUUACAACACCACAUGACCUCAUAUUUCCGCAUAAACCAGGCAUCAUUAUGAUACCAGAGGAUGCCAAACGUGGUACAGAACUUGACUACGUAAUUGCACGCAAAAAUCCACUUUUCCAAAAACCAGUCUACCUCGAACUAUGGGGUUCUCCCCUCUUUGCCAUACGACAAAAAAUCGUCUCUCCGGAAACAACGGAAGGAACUGUUUUUCUACUGGGACAACUAGACUUCGAAAAACAAGCCAUGUAUCAUUUAACUAUAUUAGCUAAUGAUGCUUAUGCAGAACCUGGUCAAGAUAGUCGCAAUAUAGCCGGUAUGGAGAUUGUGGUUAUUGUGCAAGAUGUCCAAGACCAACCACCAGUGUUCACAUUAGCUCCACCUGUCACUAAAUUGCCACCUGGCAUACUUCCGGGUGAUAAGAUCCUUCAAGUACACGCUGAAGAUGGCGAUAAAGGCAGUCCUCGUGAAGUCAGAUACGGACUUGUUUCCGAAGGGAAUCCGUUCACAUCAUUUUUUGACAUCAACGAUACGAGCGGCGAAAUCUUUUUAAUGCGACCUCUUGAGGAUAUCGCAGCAAUCACGCAUGUGGGCGAUCCCGUCUUACUCACAGUAAUUGCGGAAGAGGUUAAGGUUGGUCGUGACGAACCGCCAGCAAUGGCUUCCACAGUCCAAUUGGCAUUUUUCCUACCAGAGCGCACUAACUCACCGCCUUACUUCGAGAACGAUCAUUAUUUCUCGCGAGUUGAUGAAAAUGCCCCGCAAGGUACAGCACUGACAUUUGUGGAGCCUUAUGUGCCGCGUGUUUAUGACGACGACACUGGCAAGAACGGCGUAUUCUCGUUAACGUUACUUAACAAUAACGGUACAUUCGAGAUAUCGCCAAAUGUCGCUGAGCGUAGUGCAUCGUUUCUAAUACGCGUGCGUGACAACGUAUUGCUUGACUAUGAGGAACGACAAUCAGUGCAAUUCCAAAUAUUAGCACAAGAACUUGGUCCGGCAACAAAUCUUUCUGCCAUUGUCAAUGUGACUGUGUUCAUUAACGAUGUCAAUGACAAUCCACCCGUAUUUGACCAGCCAGUGUACACGGUUGAGUUGCCCGAGAAUAUGACCGUAGGCACAAAGGUCAUACAAGUACACGCUGAUGAUGCGGAUACAGCCGAUUUGGGUGGUCGUGUACGCUACACCGCCAUACUGGGCUAUUUGAAUACUUCGUUGAAUUUAGAUGCAGAGACUGGCUUAAUAACAGUUUCAACAAACAAUCACGGCUUCGAUCGUGAGGUUAUGCCCGAAUACCAUUUGUACGUCGAGGCGCGUGACAACGAUGGCACAGGAAAUCGUGCGCAAGUGCUGCUAGUAAUUAAACUGAUUGAUGUCAACGAUGAGACGCCCACAUUCGAAAAGGAUCUCUAUGAGUUUAUUUUGGGCACAGACUUGCAAAGUUUUACAACGAAGGCCUUCAUACAUGCAGUUGACAAGGAUGCAACAGCGCCAAAUAAUGAAGUACGGUACGAGAUAAUCAAUGGCAAUUAUGAAAACAAAUUCGCCUUGGAUAAGAUUACAGGUGAGCUGACAGUACGCGAGAAGAUACAUUUACGUUCGAAAAAACAAAUUCAUGCACGAAACCGCAGACAAGCUUAUGGCACAGCAAAUACAAUGCCACCACCAGAAAGCGACAUGUUCGUCUUGACUGCACGCGCUUAUGAUUUGGGUGUACCAGUACGUUUCAGCACAACAACCAUACGUAUCUAUCCACCAGAAAGUCGUACACGCACCGUAACAUUUGUGGUGCCCGGUAGUAAUCCCGAUAAGACUAAAACCGAAGAAACUCUAUCUGCUAUUACAGGCGGUAAAGUUAUAAUACAUGAAAUAAGGCCUCUGCGGCCUGAUGAACCCGGUGCGAAGAAUUUAGCUGUUGGUAAUGCCGAUAUGAAAGAUCGCAGUGUGGUGACCGCAACAGUGCUCUAUGACAGCGCAUCUGUGGUGGAUAUAUCACAGAUACAACAACGCCUCUCACAACACAAUAGUUCCUUUGCCAUAAUGACGCGUGACUCAACGGACACAGAGAAUUUAACACAAUUACAGACGCUCUACAAGGCCGAAAAUAAAUUGCUCUUUUGGCUGUUAAUUUUGUUGGCAACACUAGUCGCGUUAACAAUUCUUAUUUUGUUGCUUUGCUGCAUUUGUUCCUGGUGCCCACUCUACGGUGCCACAAGCAAAAGAAUAGUUAAUAUCAGUAGAACUGAAGACGAUGUUCAUCUAGUUCAUAGGGAAAUGGCAAAUGGAAAACAAACAAAAUCUGUUCAGGUCGCAGAGUGGAUGGGAAGACGCGAGGCCUGGUCCGCGGAGAAGCCACCAGAUCCACGAACGAAACCUACCCGUUGGGAGUUCCGCGAUGGACGCGGCGAACAACCUGACGAAAGCGUAGGCGGUCAUCCAACAACGAUCGGCGAUAUGGCAGAAGUUGAAGAAAGCCGACGUGUACGAUCCGCCGAAGAGCAGCAUAGACGAGUUAGAAUUAAAAAUACCCAUACAGCCAAAGACGAUACUCAUCUUAGUUUUCAUAACUCUAGAACUAAUUUAAUUAACGAUCGUGAUAUUUACAUCGAAGAUGUGUUAGAUGAACGAGAACUGGUUGACGAUUCCGGAGAACAUUUUCAUCGCAGCAAAGCAAAUCGACAAAUGGCACAACAGCAACGCAAACGCUAUGAGGACUCACGUCACAUUGAUGACGAUUCAAUGCGACGUCACGAAAUUGAUCGCGGCAGUGACAUUGACUACAACACCGCAAGAAGCAGCCUCAAAAAUAAACGUGAAUUUUUCAUAAAAGAUGGCAAUGUCGAGAUAUUACAACUCAUGACCAGAGACAAAACACGCGAAGGCGCUGCUGCUGAUGAUGAUAAUAUUUAUGUGAAUGUGCCAAUUAAAUCGACAAACUUAUCUCAUCCACAAUUGCUAAUGGUUGACAACAGCGGCAAGGAGAUAUUAAUGCGGCGUUUCAUCGAAGAACAACCUGAUGGAAAGCAGAUUAUACGCGAACAUUAUCAGAUAAUACCAGGCGCCACCUACGUGCAAUCCAUGCCAAACGAAAUACAACAAAAUUCCACGCUCAAAGGCGACACAUUUCCUUUGGGUAAAUCGGGACCAAACAGCAUUGUUUAUUCACAAGCAGAGCCUGAAAUCAAAAUAAUACACACACAACCUGCACAAGGCGCUAUGGGUGUACAGGUGGAUGGUUUUCCCAGUCAAAUGCAGCCGGCAACUUCAAAUCAGUCACUGACUCAUGAAUUAGAAAAUUCACUUAAGCAACAAAAUGCGCUUUUGCGGCAGAUUUUACUAGAAAAGGAGAAACUAGUUACACGUUACACGCAACAAGAAGUAGCAUUAGAAACACAAAGUCUUCCGGGUCAAUCAAUGGCCAUAGCAACUCAAACCGAAUGUGAAGCUGGCACACAAACUGAAGCUGAUGAUGGCUUUCUGCAACGCACUUCGGUUACUGCACAAGGCGUGACGCUAAGGCGCAGAGCGCGUAGUGAAAAUGAUGACUCAAUGUCGGAGGAAGAAUACGAAUAUGUGCGCUACAGCCCACCAAAUAGUCCUGAAGGCGUUUACUGGAUUAAACGUAAACGUCCGAAAAGACGCUCAAAGUACCGUACUGGAACAAAACCACGCAAACGCAUUGUUAUGGUUGAAGAGGUAAAACGUAAAAUACGCACGCCCAUUAAGGAGGAAGACGAUGAGUUCUACGAAUAUCGCAAACGUUCGCCACCCAAAAAGCCACUGCGAAACCACGGUGAAACUAAAACAAGCAUUUUAAGGCGUAAGAAAAAUGAGGCAAUGAUGCAAGCAGUCAAAACAAAAAAAAGUACUGAAUCGCUUAAUCGUGAAAUGCUUUCUGACUCCUAUGAAGAGGCUGGUAGUCCAGAAGAGGAAAGACGACAUAAAAUACGUGUAGAACAAGUAGAAUACUAUGAACAAUCAGCUGAAGAAGAGGAAGAUGAUGAGGCUGGUUACUCUAUGGAUUCUGAUGCUGACGAAAUUGUUAUUAAAAGCAAUGCUUACACACCUAGUCACCACCGACAUAAUGCGGCCUAUAGAAUAAAACCGAAAGAUCAGCACCGUUUCGAGAUACAUGUCAGUGACGGCGGUGGAGCUGGUAGUAGCGGUGUUAAUAGAACACAACAUAGCGUAUAUAGAAGAUCAUUAUCUGAAGACCAUGAACCACGUUCCGAUUCUAAGAUUAGACUAUCACGACGAGACAGCAAAGGCAGCAAUAGUUCACCCACACAAAAACGUAAACAAACAACCUCUGAACCACCACAAAGACGUGUCUCAAUUUCUAAAUACCAAACCAAUGGUAACAAUGGUACAAAAAUUACAACUACUGAAAUAAGAGACUCAAAGCGCAUGGUUAAGGAGCGCAUUUAUCAAAGCGAAAAUGAUUUACUAGAUGCCGAAGAAGUGGCUGAUAGUAGUACACGAAAUGUACCUAAAUAUAUGGAAUGGUAUUAUGAGAAAAAGAAAACCCAAAAACCAUCUGCCAGCAGUCGCAUAUCAACAGAUUCUUCUAAAACACAUGCGUCUAGUAAGAAGAAAACUACUGUGGGUGAAAAACGUAUUUCGAAAACUCGUCUCAAUGUCAAACCAGACGACAUUGCAUUGGACGACGCAAAAUACAAACCAGAACCUGCACCACGAAAAACACCGCCCAAAGGGAAUCGCUUACUCAAAGAAGACAUUGUCAUGAAUAAACAACAUAAACCAAAAAUUGAGACUGAAACAAAUCAUCCAUUGCUACAACAUUCCGAGCAUCGUUUCGAACGCGAAAAUGCACCUGAAGUGCCAGUGCCACCGACAAAACUGCCACACUAUAUGUACCCAGAAACACCACCGCAUGCAAAUUCCAAACCAACGCAGAGCAGUCAAAAGCUCAAACCGAAACCUUCGCCAAUAAAGGAGAACGAAGUUAAAGUCAGCAAUGCAAAAAUCAAUCUCUAUAUCGAAGAUCCAAAUGCAACACACCCGUCAACCACAACAGCCAGCAGCCAACAUGUGACGCAGAAACAGCUAAAUGCUUCCACGCUUGAAGAUGAUCAUGAUUCUGGUAUUGCCAUGAACUCACUGCUCAAUAGUAUGGGGCGACGCAAUCCAAUUGCGGAGAAAAAAAGUGUUUUCUCAAUAGCUUACGACGAUGUGAGUAGAGUGAAGAAGAUCAACUCUGGCGGUGAAUCACCACAAUACUCAUAAAACAACCGAUAUAACCGAUGCAGUUUGGGACAACGUAAGACAGCGCCAUAGCUUUAGGCAAAUCAACUUUAUAUAUUGCAAAUUGUGUUUAGUUUUUUCAAAAAGAAAAUUCCAUGUGAUAGCUUUAAAAUAUUAGUUAGUUAGAUAAAUGCUUGUUUAUCUUAUAGCUACUAGUUUACUUUGCAACCAGUUUUAGUGCACAUUUUCCCAUGUAAAUAUCUUAUAUAAAUAUGUAUGUACAUAAGUGUAGACAACUACCAAGUUUAGUAUUAGGAACAAGAUACCAUAUGUAAUACUCCUACUUUUAAAUAAUAAAUAAUGUACAUAAGUGGUUUAC